CAGUUGAAUUUGAAUUUCUUUCAGUAAUACAUUUAAAGAAGUCCACGAUGAAGCGGAAUUUUAUUGGUCACAGCUACAGAACGACUUUCUUGAGGAAUACAGUGUGAAAACGAUAUUUCCAAUACAUGUCCAGUUACUUGUUUUACCGGUGAUCAUCAUCCAUGCCUUCAUAUGGUUUUGUUGUCCUUAUCUUGGUGGAAAAUUGUAUGAAAAAUGUCGCUGUGAUGAAGAAGUUGAUUAUGGCCAGAAAGCUGUUGUCGACGACGGAACAACUUUAAAUCGUGGUCCUAUGUUUGUUAGAGUUUUCCUGUAUAACACAAAUUUUGAUUUAAAGCUAAAAUCGACGAAUGAGGCCGAGGGAAAUGGUGCUAUGAAAGCAAAAGGAGAAAUAGACAUCAUGGAAACUGACAGAAUAACGAAGCUUCAAGUUCAAUUGGAUUCAAAUAGCUCCAAGCUAGAACAGCUUAACGAGAGAAACGAUAAACGAAAUCAAAAGUUAUUGAACAAACAGAAAGAGAUGGAUAAAUAUUUGAGAGAUAUGAAGAAAUAUUUGAAAGAUAUGAAGAAUGUGAUAUUGAAGAGACUGGAAGGUAUGCAUGGCAGUUUUGGAAGAAUAGAGAAGGAGGUAUCAAAAACCGCCAAAAUUAUGAAAGAGGUAGAUUUCACUUCGGAUGAAGAGGAAGAGGAACAGAAAAGUGAUUCCUCAAGGUCAGAUGAAGAGGAUUCCGAUGAAUUAUCUAGUUCUCUUGAUUUAGAAUCAUCAAAUGACCCAGAUUGUAAAAUGCAAUGAUCAGAUAAUAGCAAAGUUGUAAGCAUGUUUGAACCAAAAUUUUUUUCGGAAAAAGCAAUAUCAUGACUAUUUGUACCAUAACAUAUUGUAUGAACUUGACGUCCGGAAUAACACUGGAUUGAUUGCCUACUAUAUGCCUUAAAUCAUCUGUAGUGUCGUAACAUAUGUAUUUACAUUUGUGUAUAUGAAUGUAUGAAUAUGAACUAUAUUUUCUCGUAGUAUGUUCGAUGUAUUUCUUACUGUUUUCCAAUGAAGUUAAAAACAAAAAGAGCAGCUGGUAGCUUUAUUCUGUUGAUUGUUAUAUCAUAAAUACUUGAAUUUAGUUUGCAAAAGUUUGAAUUUCAUGAUAACAAUCAUUUUUAUCUGAUUAAAUUCUCAUUUUCUCUGUUAUUACAAGAAAUGCGUAGUAACAGCAACAGUUCACCCAAAAUAAUUGCUUACGAUCACUGCAACGUUUCUAAACAGAAAGCGAAAAAACCUAUAUGACAUAUAUUUUCAUCAUAAUGUUUUUUUCCUUUUCCUUGUUUAUUUUAGAUUAUCGCUUCAGCUAAAGAAAACGUCCCAUUACAUGAUUUUGUAAUUAAUUAUAUUCGUAAUGUUAGUAGUUGUGUUAUACUAUAAGCUACGCUUUAGUGUUUUUUUUUUUUAUAUCAAUUCAAAAUAAUUGCGAAUCUUACUGUUAAAUGAAUGUUUACAAUGAAAUUGACGGUCUUAGUUUUUAUAAACAUUUCUGGUAGGCUUUAGUUUUCAAGUAAUUUGUUAUCAAGCAAUUCGUGAUCAAUGGAUAAUUAUUCCCGAAUAUUUGAGGCGUACUGUGAACAGUUUAUUUUAUUUGUGAAUAUGCCAAUAACAUUAUAAUACCGGUUGACCAUGUUAGGUUAAUAAUACCAUCAAUUUAUUUCAGAAAAACUAUUUGUAUAGCUUUUUAUUCUAUCAGCGUUAUAAUAAAACAUAAUUUACUUUAUUAACUGUAUUUGAAAUAAAUAUAUUUGUACAAUCAUUGUUUGGUCCUCAAUUGACUUAAUUCAUGCAAAUUAAAAUCAAAUUAUGAUGUGAGCAAUAUUGCAUUUUCUCAAAACUGAACGUUUGUCUAUGUUUCUUUUGGGCAGGGGUGGUUUUGUUUUGUAUAUUUUUUUUAUCAAGUUGUUACUGUGACUUGGCUGUUGGUGUUGCUCUCAACCUUUUGCAACUUAUUCAAAAUUCUGACCAAUUCUGCAAUUUGUUUUAUAGAACCAAACUGUUCAACUGGUCAGAAUUUUGAACAAACUGCUGUAGAAAAACCACAGUCAAGUCGUGAAAGUGCAAGGUGAUAAUAUAAAGCAUACUUACAAUCCUAUAAGACUUUAAUUCCACUUCAAUGUUAUUAUGAAAAAUCACUCUAACAUUUUGUAUAGAAAUUUUAUUGUUAUUGUCAUGCUAUCGGUGAUGGGUAGUAAUUUUGAAUUGCUAAAAAAAAUGUCCAAACUAAGCUUUCAUACAAUUUUCUUUCGAAAAGUCUUCUAUAUUCAUAAGAAUCAAACAUCAUUUGAAUUAAAACAUUGUUAUACUCAGUAAAAUAUGUGUGAAAUAACAAUACGAUAUUAGUAAG